CUGUGCAUUCUGGGAAGGACGUCCUCCUGUUUCAGCAUGGCGAAGCUUUGAGAUGACAAUUUUAAAAAUUUGAGUUUUUUAAAGUUUUUUUUUUUAAAGGCAUUAUUUGCAUUGAAAAUAUACUCGUGUACCAUCUGGAGACCGGGAACAGUAGCAGGAACAGAUCAAUUGAGACAUGUCGGUGUUGGGAGGUUUACUGAGACCUGGAGCGUUUCUGUGUCAGUCUGCAGAGACUCUGAUCCACAGUACCAGGACCAUAUUCACAGGUACUUGCCGUCAGCUCAAGAUGGAUGGUGUUCCACAGCCAAAAGCGGUGGACAGAUGGACUGAGAAGAGAGCCAUGUUUGGGGUUUAUGAUAAUAUUGACAUCCUUGGAGAAUUUAAAGCCCAUCCCCGGGACCUCAUUGUUGGCCCCUGUUGGCUGAAAGGUUUCCGAGGUAAUGAGCUGCAGCGUCUAAUUAGGAAAAAGAAGAUGGUGGGAGACAGAAUGAUGGUCCAAGACAAGCACAAUCUGGAGAAGAGGAUCCGCUACCUGUACAAACGUUUCAACCGUUACGGCAAACACCGCUAACACUGAACAAACUGUGCUAGCAAAUACAUCAAACCAGCCUAUACUAAGGUCUGCUGGGGUAAGACUGUGCAAGAAGAAAAAUGAUUCUGGUCCAUCUUCAAAGGGAGAUAAUUGGACUUUUGUUGUUAAAUAUAUUGUCAGUUAUGUAGUAUGCAGAGCUUGACCACUUUGUAAAUUCGGGUAUUUCAUUGUGAAAGAUUUACUGCCACCAGUAGGUAUUACAGGCAAGCAGCUAGUGUAAGAGUGGGGGGUCUAUCGUUUUGGGAGCAUGCUCACAGUUCUCAACUUAAUCCUGGUAGUUAAUCUGCUGGGGUGGACUGUGAAGUCUUUGUCUGACAUCAGAUGCUGUGUGUGUGUGUGUGUGUGUGUGUGUGUGUGUGUGUGUGUGUGCGCGCGUGUGUGUGCGCGUGCGCGCGCAUGUGUGUGUGAGAGAGAUGCUCUGGCUUCUGUUCUGCGUGUUCUCGGGGAGUUUUGCAUUCAGCAAGUUAAAAACAAUCCACAUCAGGUGAUUAAAAUUAGGCUUUGAUGAACCUUUAAUUAGAGGGAGUGCAAACACACUAAAGUCUUUAUGAGGUGUUGGUACUCAAAGCAAGUUUCAAAUAGGGGUAAAAAUAGCUUCCACACAGUAUGGCUCCAUUUAAAAUCUUUUAACUUUCACUUGGUGAGUCAAAGAAUAGAGUGACAUUGAGUGUAUUUGUGGUACUUUGUCCCCUGUUUAGAACAUGUCUUAUUAUUUUGCUUCUGACUGAAUGUGAACAGAUACUACAGUAUACACUGCAAUAUUGUGUUUGUCAUCAUUCAGAGCAGUUUGUACAAAGGAACACCACCAGUAACUCCACUGUGCUUUACAGAACACUUUGGAAAAUGUUUAGGAAUAGUCACAUCCCCACAGGACAUUCUUGCCCUACACAAGUGUUUAAUCAUUUAAAAACGUUGAAACAAUACAUACAAAGUGCCCCCCACCCAAAAAAAACAACUGUUAAAUGCAUUAAAACAGGAAAUACUCAAAAACAAAUCUGUCCAAUAAGUAGUUGUGAAUUUUUAUUUUUCUUCACCUGCAUUUUGAACUCAUAUGCUAAAAUAAAAAUCCCUUUGUCGGUGUCUAACUAUU